AUAUACUCUGGAGGACUAAAGCACCCAGCAAAGAUCGCUAGUCUAUCGUCCAAAACUCUCGCCGACAAGAUCCGAGCACGAGCCGGACCUAACGUUCGCUUGGUACAAACUUUCCAAAUCAUCAACAGUUUCACUACAGCGGAUGAGAGUAUUGAUCGGCAGUUUCUCAGAAGAGCCGCCGAAAUCAUAAAGAGUGCCAAUGCAAAGGGAUGGGUGCAGGCUCACCACGUUGCUAGCGAGACUGUGGCUGCACUCUGUUGCGCUAACGACCCAGUCGGCGUGGUUAAUAUUGAGCAUAUCUGUCGUGCCAUGUGCUUCGUUGCUGCGGCAGAUGUUGAGUCACUCCACCACCACGAGAACAUUUGGGGACUAGAUGCUCUAGGCUUUCGACCAAGUCGUUUUGAAACGCUGAGCCAGAAUCAAAAGGACGCAUUCAUGCCUUUCGGCAUUGGCAGACAUGCGUGCCCAGCUGGCAACAGCUUUGCUGGAAAGCUGAUUGCCAUCCUGGUGGUAACCCUCAUUAAGCAGUUGGAAACAGCCGAGACGGGCACUAAGAUCCAAUUCAACGACGAAGAGUUGGAUGAUGAGUGCAAUGUGGCGGUUUCGCUGCCUACUGGGCGGUCUGCUACGAAGAACUGGGUCGUCUACCCCAAUCCCGAAGCCUGA